GGCUACUGGGUGCCACCACACUCCCAUUCCGCUCGCUGAGCCUUUUCACCCCGCGCCGGGUCUUCACAUGGAAAUGAUUCCUAUUGGCCCAAGGUGCCCAUGUAAAUAGGUGUAAAUGAAACCAGAUUAUGCCUUUCUUUCAGCCCCCCUCCUCCCCCGCUCCCUCCUCCCAAGGCGAUUGUCAUAUGAUAGCAAAGAAGUGGCACAUUAAUGAAGCGCCUCUGCAGGGGUCUUUUCUGCUCAUGUCACCACAUAAAACUAUCAGAUGGUUAGAGGAAGGACAUGGAGGCAAGUCCUUAGCUGCUCUCGGCGGCGGCGAAGCGAGCGAGCCCCUGCCCCGGUCCAGCAGCCGCUGGGGGUGAGCGAAGCCGAGCCGGGAUUCCGCCUUCCCAGGAGAAGGGAGGGGAGCGAGAGGGUCCCACAGCCCAGCCUCCUCCGGACUAAAACUAAGCGGAGCGGCCGGAAAGGAAGCGGGAGGGCUCGGGCGAGGAGACCUGACUCCCAGCUGCAUCCCGGAUGCGGACUAUCAACUUCCAGCAACUUUAAGAUCUCGGCGGCUCCCCAGCCACGAUGCCGCGCCCGGGCCGGAACACGUACAGCGACCAGAAGCCGCCCUACUCCUACAUCUCGCUGACGGCCAUGGCCAUCCAGAGCUCGCCCGAGAAGAUGCUGCCCCUGAGCGAGAUCUACAAGUUCAUCAUGGACCGGUUCCCCUACUACCGGGAGAACACGCAGCGCUGGCAGAACUCGCUGCGCCACAACCUCUCCUUCAACGACUGCUUCAUCAAGAUCCCGCGCCGGCCCGACCAGCCGGGCAAGGGCAGCUUCUGGGCGCUGCACCCCAGCUGCGGGGACAUGUUCGAGAACGGCAGCUUCCUGCGGCGCCGCAAGCGCUUCAAGGUGCUCAAGUCCGACCCGCUGGCGCCCAGCAAGCCGGCCGAGGCGGCGCAGUACCUGCAGCAGCAGGGCAAGCUGCGGCUCAGCGCGCUGGCGGCCGGCGGCCCCCACCUGCCCCAGAUGGCCGCCUACAGCCUGGGCGUCUCCCAGCCCUCCGGCUUCAAGCACCCCUUCGCCAUCGAGAACAUCAUCGCCCGCGAGUACAAGAUGCCGGGCGGGCUGGCCUUCUCCGCCGUGCAGCCCGUGCCCGCCGCCUACCCGCUGCCCAACCAGCUGGGCAGCUCCCUGGGGCCCGGCUGGCCCCACGUGUACGGCUCCGGCCUGCUCGACACGGCCGCCCCCCUCUCCAUGGCCGGCGGCGACUACAGCGCCUACGGCGUGCCCCUCAAGCCGCUGUGCCACGGCGGGCAGACUCUCCCGGCCAUCCCGGUGCCCAUCAAGCCCCCCCCGGCGGCCGUGCCCGCCCUGGCGGCCCUGCCCGCGCCCAUCCCCACCCUGCUCACGAACUCGCCCCCCUCGCUCAGCCCCACCUCGUCCCAGACAGUCACCAGCCAAAGCAGCCCCGCGACGCCCAGCGAGACGCUGACCAGCCCCGCCUCGGCCCUGCACUCGGUAGCCGUGCACUGACCCGGGCCGCCCGCGCCGCAGCUCGCUCCCAACUUUCCUCGGAGUUUUCUCCUCCCUCCGGAGAGAGGAGAGAAAGCUGCCGGCGGGAAGCCGCGAGGUUUGCUACCCUGCUGAGCGUCUGGGCUUCGCCUCCCAGACCGAGGGGGUCCGUCCCGGGGCGGUGGGUGGCUGUCCCGUAACUUGGUUGACACACUCGGAAAGUGGCUGUUCGAGGUAGAAAGUGCCAUCUGCAUGGCUAGGUCUCCUCCAGUCCUUAAGGCACCUUCCCCCGAAACUACCGCGGGAGCGUUAGACAAGCCCGGGUCCCUGCCUUUGUCUGGGGAGAGCACCAUUUGCACCCAGGACCUGCCUUUAAAACCAGAGCCAGUGGAAAGGGGGAGGGGGGACCGCUUGUUUUCGGGAUUGUUUCCAGCUUAGCUGGAUUGUGGAAACAAGUGUCUUUUCCAUUUCAAAAAAGCCAGGAGAGUUAAAAGCUUGCAGGGUUACAGGAACCACUUAGCCAGAUGAAUUCCUAUUUAUACAACGUUAUACAAGGAAAGCGUGAAACAGGUCCCCAAAGCUUGAGAGCCUGCCAGUUACCAUCCUGGGCUGAAAAGUUCCACUGGCUUCAGCAUUGUUUGCAUGGGGGAAGUUACACUUCGACUACCGAUUUAUGUACAAGAAUGUGUGUUAAGUACAAAAGGGCAGAAAAACCAUGCAAAUGGCAAGCCACCAGUCCACACUGAACACGUAUAUUGUUUACAAAAACGCCUGUUCUAAUGUAAAUACUGAACUUCAGUCUGUCCUGAGAGAGAGAAAAUAGGUCCUCUUUUCCAGUACCUGUUGUCAUGUGGCUGUUUCAUUUGCAGGUGGAAGAGGAGGGGGAGUUAUUUGUGUGUGAGUUUUUGAAAGAUUUAUUUUUGGUUUAAGAAAAUUAAAAGUAAAGCAAUAGAGAGAAAACAAAUCCUCUGCCAAGCAGACAACCUAAGGUAGCUUAUGUCAAGCUGCUCAGGUCAGUGGGUAAGAGCAAGGCAGCACCACAACAGGGGGAAAAGGUAUUGUUUUCUGUUGGAACUUUUCAGACAAACUGAGAGGGGGCUAGGGGGGAGGGGAGAGAAGACACUGUAAAUGUCUGUGAAUAGGAAUGAUUAUAAACGUGUAACAUGCACUUUUGUUUGCUUAUAUCCCUUCCUAGUUUUUAGGUAGUUUGCUGGAAACCGAACUGUUGUGAACUGCUUAAGUUAAGACAAAAACAAAACGUGGUAGUGUUCAUCGCAGCUGUAAAGAGAUUCCUUUUUAACAUUUUCCUUGUACAGAAUGAGCAUGAUAUUUUAAAUAUUGAUGUUCUUGUUCCCAGCAUGCGUGUUAAGACAAAAAUUAAAAAAGGGGAAGCGUCUACGUUAAAUUAUGAACCUAGUCGUCCAAAUACUAUUUUCUCAUUAAAAUAUGUAAAUUCACUUUUACUUUCUUAUUCGUCUUUUUGAAGAGUUUGUACCCGGAAAAUAAGAAUAUUAGUUUAGAUGGGAAAUCCAAUAUUUCAAUUUUAAUUGAUCUACAUAAAUUUUUCACAGGAUGAAGAGAACUGUA